AGCACCAGCAUGCACUAGAGUGGAAAUCAUUGGUACCGAUGUGGCGCAGAGGGCUGGUCAUCCCAGGUCAGCUGCGGACGUGGCGAGCGAGCAAUUUGUUCGCCAGGUAUGCUAGCAGUGAGUCCAGAGGACUUGCCAGCCGACGCACUGCAGUUGUUGCUGUAGGGUGUCUCGCUGCCGUAUCUGCAGGGGCUGUCUACGAUUUGACAUCUCAGUGGCUCUCACAGAAAGAUGAUGAGGAAUGGAUAGAGGAUUGGGAAGAGCGGCUUGCAGAGCAGCAAAGUUCUUCCGGAGAGUUUGGAGCUGUUUCGGUGUGGACCACAACAAAUAACACACUCUUUGCACCUCUACCAAAUGGUCAGAUAAUGGUUUGUCUCGGUCGUUUCGUGAGAAGCAAGGUUUUGGGCAUGGAGCUGCGACAAGAAAACCACAAAGAUGUUGGCACUCGCCAUUUGGUUUUCGUUCGACAUGCGCAACCAGGACACGGAGAGCCUUUGUCGGACGUCGGCCUUCAACAGGCAGAGUUGCUCGCGCAGAGGCUCUCGGUGCAGACUAGUGAUGCGAAGUACAAGGUCGUUUUCCACUCGCCAGCACCAGAAGCAAAGGCAACUGCAAAGAUCUUGAAGCAAUGCUUUGGGAAGGUCAAGAUGAAGGAGUCAUCGCUUCUUGCCGAAGAUGUUCCAAUGGUGCCAAGUCCAGCUCCCGAGGCCUUAUUGCAGCUGUCUCCUGAGGCUGUGCUCAACGAUCUGGCUCGCGCCGAGGGUGCUUUGCGAACACACUUGUGGCGUCCAACUGGGGGCCCUCACAGCAGCGUAGAGGUGAUUGUAGCUCACGGGAACGUGAUUCGCUAUUUGAUUUGCCGUGCGCUCCAGCUGAGUCCAGAUGCAUGGUCACGCUUUGCCGCUGGGCAUGCGACCAUCUCCUGGAUCGAAGUCCAAAGCGACGGUGCCGUCAAACUUCGAGAAUUUGGAGGCUCGGGCCAUUUACCUAGACAAUUGCAAACCUAUAUUUGAUAGAAAUAAA